CGAGCCCGCCGCUCCCCAGCAACGGCGCAUGCGCCCGUUCGUCCCUCAGUGAAGGCGCGCUGCUUGGCGGGCGGGCUCUUCCAAUCCGAGCCAGCGUUCUCGGAGUACGUAUCCAGGAGCUGCAAGCUGAGGGCUGCGAGAGGCCGGAGGAAAAAGUGGGGCCGGGCCUGAGUUGGGCUGACCUGUGAAAGUCUGGGAACGUCUGCGAGAGAAGCCGAGUGUUUUCAGCUCCGGAAGUGGCAGUUGUAAACUUCAGCUCCCGGGGGCUCGUCCCCUUCUGUCCCCUUUGCUCUUUGUCCCCCUCCUCCCCGGUCCUAGAGUCCGUCGUGUUCCAACAGUUUUUGCUCUUAUCCCUGUGGGCCGCCUGGGCCUCUUAACCCUGAGACUUGGAGCGGCCCCUGGUGUCUUGGGUAUGCAGCAUGGAUCACGCGAGACCCCUGAGACCUCAAAUCGUCUAACCUGAAGCCACAGACAUCUUGGGCAAUUUUAAUCAUCAAGAAAGAAAUAUGUCAUUAAGAAACAGCAGGGUAUUUUGAAAGAGUUGGAAAACAUCAUGAAUUUGAAUACUUCAAGUAAUGGCACUGGUGAUACCCAAAGGUUGAAGAAUGCCUCAUUGAAUGUAAAACAAAUACUUAAAAAUGAAACAGAGUUGGAUAUUACUGCUGAUCUCAGGAAGAAACUCUGUUGGGCUAAAAAAGAAAAAUUAGAAAUAACAACCAAACACAGUGCAGAGCUGGCAAGAUAUGAGAGCCAGAUUGCCAAGCUACGGUCCGAGGUUGAAAAGGGAGAAGCAUUGCAACAAAAUCUGGAAUAUGACCUAGCUGUUGCUAGAAAGGAAGCUGGUCUUGGAAGACAGGCUGCUGAGGAAAGAUUAGCUGAGGCACAUAGGAUCCAAGAAAAGCUCUGUGCACAGAAUUCAGAACUUCAAGCAAAGACAAAUGAGACUGAGAAAGCACUUCAGACUUCUCAGCAAAAAUGGAAAGAAGAAUGCAGAAGAUUUGAACAUGAUUUGGAGGAAAGAGACAAUAUGAUCCAAAAUUGCAAUCGAGAAUAUGAUUUACUUAUGAAAGAAAAAAGCAGACUAGAGAAAACUCUACAGGAGCAAGAUACUGCUGUGCAAAAUAUGCAUAAGAAAGUAGAAAAAUUAGCAACAGAACAUAUGGACUGCUCUAACCUUUUACGGCGACAAACAAGCGAACUUGAAUUUAGCACUCAACGAGAGGAACACCUUAGAAGAGAAUUUGAGGCAACUACUCUAAGGGUGAGGAAAUUAGAAGAAAACAUUGAAGCAGAAAGAGCAGCGCAUUUGGAAUCAAAAUUUAAUUCUGAAAUUAUUCAGUUAAGGAUUCGAGACCUUGAAGGAGCUUUGCAAGUAGAAAAGGCCAGUCAAGCAGAAGCUGUUGCUGAUUUGGAAAUUUUCAAGAAUGAAUUCAAAGAAGUUGAAAGUGCAUAUGAGCGAGAAAAGCAUAAUGCACAAGAGAGCUUUGCAAAACUAAAUUUAUUAGAAAGAGAGUAUUUCUCCAAAAACAAGAAACUAAAUGAAGAGAUCGAGGAACAGAAGAAAGUAAUUAUAGACCUUUCAAAGAGACUCCAGUAUAAUGAAAAAAGUUGCAGUGAAUUACGGGAAGAGCUAGUAAUGGCUAAGAAGCACCAGGCCUUCCUAGUAGAGACAUGUGAAAAUAACGUGAAAGAAUUGGAAUCGAUCUUGGACAGCUUUACUGUGUCGGGCCAGUGGACAUCAGGCAUCCACAAGGACAAAGAUAAACCUCCCAGCUUCCCUGUUGUCCUUGAGACGUUGAGGUGUACCUUGACAGAUUACCAGAACAAGCUGGAAGAUGCAUCUAAUGAGCUAAACAGUAUGAAUGCUGCUAAGGAAAAGGCAUGUAAUGAACUUGAUUCUACGAAACAGAAGGUAGACUCUCACACUAAAAAUAUAAAGGAACUUCAGGAUAAACUGGCUGAUGUUAAUAAAGAGUUAAGUCAUUUACGCACUAAAUGUGCAGACCGAGAGGCUUUAAUAAGCACUUUAAAAGUGGAACUACAAAAUGUGCUGCACUGUUGGGAGAAAGAAAAGGCUCAGGCAGCCCAGUCUGAAAGUGAACUGCAGAAGCUUUCCCAGGCUUUCCAUAAGGAUGCAGAGGAGAAGCUAACCUUCCUUCACACCUUGUAUCAGCACUUGGUAGCAGGCUGUGUGCUCAUGAAACAACCAGAAGGCAUGCUGGAUAAAUUCUCUUGGUCUGAGCUUUGUGCAGUCUUACAGGAGAAUGUUGAUGCCCUGAUUGCAGACCUCAACAGGGCUAAUGAGAAGAUAAGCCAUCUAGAGUAUAUCUGUAAAAACAAGUCUGACACGAUGAGAGAGCUUCAGCAGACUCAGGAAGACACCUUUACCAAAGUGGCAGAACAGAUCAAAGCCCAAGAGAGCUGCUGGCACAAACAAAAGAAGGAACUAGAGCUGCAGUAUUCUGAACUCCUCCUGGAGGUGCAGAAGAGGGCACAGAAAUUUCAAGAAAUUUCUGAAAAAAAUAUGGAAAAAUUGAACCAUAUUGAGAAGUCACAUGACCAAUUGGUUCUUGAAAAUUCACACUUCAAAAAACUGUUAUCACAGACUCAAAGGGAACGGACGUCCUUGCUGGCAGCCUGUGCAUUAAUGGCUGGUGCCUUAUAUCCCCUCUAUAGCCGAUCAUGCGCCUUGUCCACACAGAGAGAUUUUCUCCAGGAGCAGGUCAACACCUUUGAGUCGUUCAAACUGGAAAUUAGAACUCUAGCCCAGGCUUUGUCAACUGUAGAGGAAAAGAAGCAAGAGGAAGCCAAGAUGAAAAAGAAAACAUUCAAAGGAUUGAUACGUAUAUUUCGGAAAGGUGUUAUUGCAAUUUUGGCAGCAAACAGACUCAAGAUUUUGGGCCAAUCAUGUGCCUCUCUUUUUACCUGGAUGGAGAGUUUCAAAGAAGGCAUAGGCAUGUUAGUGUGCACAGGAGAGCCCAAAGACAAGCAUAAAUUUCCAAAACAUCAAAAGGAGCAGUUGCGUUGUUUACAAGCGCUCAGUUGGCUCACCAGUUCUGACCUUCUUGCUGCAGUAAUCAGUUCUAUGGCUGAAUUACAAGAUGUCAUUGGCAAAACAGAUCCAAAUUCCAGAAUUUGUGGACAUUUACUCAUAGGUGCAGCCAAGAAUUCUUUUGCAAAACUCAUGGAUAAAAUUAGUCUGGUAAUGGAAUGUAUACCUCUGCACAGUAGCAGGAGUAUUAGAUAUGUAGAAAAAGAUUCCCUGGUUCAGAGGCUGGCCCAUGGACUUCAUAAAGUAAACACACUGGCCCUGAAAUAUGGUUUGCGUGGCCAUGUGCCCAUUACGAAAAGCACAGCAUCGUUGAAGAAGCAAAUAUUUGGAUUUACACAAAGACUGCAUGCUGCAGAAGUGGAGCGCCGCUCACUACGCUUAGAGGCCACAGAAUUCAAACGAAGUGUGAAUGAAAUGAAAAAGGAGCUUGACAAAGCCCAGAGUCUGCAAAUGCAAUUAAAUGAAUUUAAGCAGUCUAAAUUGAUCACCCAUGAGAAGUUUGAAAGUGCAUGUGAAGAACUAAAUAAUGCAUUACUUCGGGAACAGCAGGCACAAACGCUAUUGAAUGAACAGGCACAACAACUACAGGAAUUGAAUUAUAGACUUGAAUUGCACUCCAGUGAGGAAGAUGACAAAAACCAAACUCUUGGAGAAGCUGCUAAGAGUCUCUCCGAGGCAAAGAUGGAGCUGAGAAGAAAAGAUCAAUCUCUGCGUCAGCUCAAUAGACAUCUUACCCAGCUGGAGCAGGACAAGCGUCGACUGGAGGAGAACAUCCAUGAUGCAGAGAGUGCCCUCCGCAUGGCAGCCAAAGACAAAGAAUGUGUUGCUAAUCACAUGAGAGCAGUAGAAAAUACGCUUCACAAGGUCAGAGAUCAGAUCUCGCUGUCAUGGUCUGCGGCAAGUAGGAAUGACUUCACCCUGCAGCUACCCAAACUGCACCUGGAGACCUUUGCAAUGGAGGGGCUCAAGGGCGGGCCAGAGGUGGUAGCAUGCCAGGCUAUGAUUAAAAGUUUCAUGGAUGUCUACCAGCUUGCAAGCACUAGAAUCAUGACAUUAGAGAAGGAAAUGACAUCUCAUCGAAGUCACGUUGCGGCCUUGAAAUCAGAACUUCACACUGCUUGUUUACGUGAAAAUGCAAGUUUACAAUCAGAUACAUUCAUCAUUUCAUGUAGAAGAGGUGGUUCACCUGGUAGUGAUUCUUCAUCUAUGUAAUGCGAAACAUUCCCCCAGGUGAUUCUGAUGUAUCCUUUUAAGAGCAUGCUGCCCAAUUCCAUGUCUCGACAGGAUGUGUGCUCUCCUGUCUUUUUCCUUAGUUGAGAAUCACUGUUUUAAAAAUAAUAAACUUGUGUAAUGGUUUUUAUUUUUUAAAGAUAUUUGUAUAUGCAUUUACUUACUUGAACUUUUUAAAACUCUCUAAAGGAAGUAGAAAAACCUUUGUCUUUGUAUUUCAUAGAUGAGAGGCAAUAUUGUUUGGUGGGUAAGAGCAUGGGCUUUGGAGGUAUAUCCGUUAGGAAUACCAUCAAGUGUAAAUAACAGAAGAUCUGACUAGCACAAUUUAAAAAAUAGAGGAGUGUGCAUAUCUCUUUGACCUACUGAUUUCAUUUCCUUUGGUUAUAUACCCAGUUGUGGGAUUGCUGGAUCACAUGAUAGUUCUAGUUUUAAUUUUUUGAGGAAACUUCAUACUGUUUUCCAUGACUGUACUAAUUUACAUUCCCACAGCCAGCGUGUGCAAAGAUUCCUUUUUCUCCACAUCUUCACCAACACUUACCUUUUGUUUUUUGUUAACAGCCAUUGUAACAGGAGUGAGGUGAUAUCUCAUUGUGGUUUUCAUUUGCAUUUCCCCGAAGAUUAGUGAUAUUGAGCAUUUUUUCAUAUACAAGUCCAUUUGUAUGUCUUCUUUUGAGAAAUGUCUAUUUAGGUCUUUUGCCCAUUUUAAAAAUCAGGUUAUUUGUUUUCUUGCUAUUGUUAGAGGUCCUUACAUAUUUUGGAUAUUAAUCCCUGUCACAUGUAUAGCUUGCAAAUAUUUUCUCCCAUUCUGUAGGUUGUCUCUUCACUGUGUUGAUUGUUUCCUUUGCUGUGCAGAGCUUUUUAGUUUGAUUUAAUCUCAUUUGUCUGUUUUUCAUUUUAUUGCAUAUAAUUUUUAAGAUCAUAUACCAAAAAAUCAUUGCCAAGAACAAUGGCAUGGAGUUCCCCCAUGCUUUCUUCUAGUA